GGUCUCACACCUCCUUUCUCAGACUACAGCAGAUUCAAGGAACAUGCUUAGAAAACUGCCAAGCCCACCCAUAUUCUCUCAAAACUUUCAACCAUGAACUGAACAACAACAACAGGGCCACCCGUACAGACCCACCUCCAAAGAGAUCAUUUUUAUUACCAAUUUUCCGAUUUCACAGAGAAAAUUCUUUGUGGGCAUCUCUUCAAAAAUGUCAAGCUUCCCCAACACGGUGGCGGAAGGCCGCAGGUCCGGCAAGGCACCGGAAAAAUCCACCUUUUCUCAGACUUGCAGCCUCUUGAGCCAGUUCUUGAAGGAGAAACGUGCUUCUGCUGAUUCCACCCUUGGAAUUGGUGGAAAAAUGGAACCUAAAGCGAAUACCAAGGCUUUGUUAGGAAGCUUGCAAAACUCUGAUGGGGCCUUAAAGCUAAGCGCUUCUGCCAUGGAAUUUCUUCCCCAGCUUGUGGAAAACCCCUGCAUUAAGAAGUCUAGGUCACCGGGACCUGAAUCUCCCCAAUUGACAAUAUUCUAUGCCGGAAAAAUGUUGGUAUUUGAUGCCUUUCCGCCGGAGAAGGCGACAGAGGUCAUGGAGAUGGCCACCAAGUUGGCCUCGAACAACUCCGGCACUGAAGAAAGUCCCCCUAGCCUUCCGGUUACCACUGAAAAAUUGGCUGUGUCCAAGAUGCCUCAAACAAACACAUCCUCAGAAACCCCUAAGCCCGGAAACCAAGGGGUUGGUUCAGAUAUGAGGUACCCAAGGAGAGCUUCACUUCUAAAAUUUCUUGAGAAAAGAAAAGAAAGGGUCAAUGCUAGAGGGCCAUACCAAAUGAACAAUCUCAAGCCAGAAGGAAGCAGUUCAGGUGGUGAACCUGAAGAUCAGUGUUCCAAACAGUUUGACCUUAACUUUUAGUGGUUUAGUUCAUUGUGAAUUUAGGAUAUACAUGCUCUGGUCAACCAAAAAGCACCUAACUUAUAUGAUUGUUGGCCUUUCGAAGAUUACUGUGGCCUUCAUACGUAUUUCAUAAGAUAUAUAUAUAUUUGUAUGUAUUAUUAUUUCAUCAAUUAGGUCCUCCUCUUCGGACCAAACCAGAGAUAAAUUUAGCUUUAUUACCGAGAUCGAUUAAAUUCAGAGAAUUUAAAGUACUUUGUGUGCAUUAUUUGGAUCAUUUUUAGUGAAUACAAGUGUUUUUUACAUUUGAUCCUGCUA